AUGUUAAUAUCUAUCUAUCUAUCUAUCUAUCUAUCUAUCUAUCUAUCUCCCAAAGUCACUGUCAUUCCAGUCCACAUGGUUGGCCAUCCCGGGCGCCGCUUGAGCACUCAAUGUGCCCAGCAGAAUGUCCUUAUCGAAGCCACUCCGUCGCAUGAUAUGCUUGAAGUAACGGAGCUUCGUCGGUACCAUCUUCUCUCUCAAUACGCGCUUUGCGAUGAUCUCCGAGGGGUUCAGGCCAAUUGCGUCUGGACUAUCUUCACAUUCUUGGCAUAUGAGUGGCUGGUCUGCUUCUCUGACUCUGGGAAUGUGUCGUCUCAGCGUGCUGCCUGGAAAAUGGACGUUGGCGUGACUUGCCGUCCGCCGGUCUCUCCGAUAAAGCUGCUUUUUUUUUCUUCUCUUCACGUGCGCGUCUUCUUUUUGGCUGCUGAUUGGCUGCUUUUGACCAAUCACGUUGUUUCUUUUAUGUGCUAUCUUACUGGGUCUGAAUCUAUUUUUAGACUUCGCCUACGCGUAUUUCUAUGCGUGUCUGCUUUGGAUUCUGUUGUGGGAGUGGGGAAUAACGUAUAUCUGUGGGCUUGCAUUCGUCACAGGCGGUUCUGA